GAGAGAAGAGAGAGAGAUGAGAGAGCAGAAGACGCCAUUGAAGGAGAGCUCGAUCUCGCGCUCCCCGUCUCUCAAUCGCAGACCGAAGCCCGCCGAAGCUCCGCCGAAGAAACCUGCGCAGGUGCCGAAGAAGGCCUCGGGCGGCGAGGGAACGUCGAGGAAGUCGAUCGAUCUGUCCUCCGUCUCCGAAAUCUCGGACGUCAAUCGCGAUGACGAGACCGCCGAGAUCGUCAUGCAAGCAUUUGACCCUUCACCUUCCGUGGGUUCAGUUUCACCUGAUCUCAGCUGCUCGUCGGAGAUCACAGGUGAUGAUGGGAGUUUUCUGUUGGAGACCUGUGAUUCCAAUAAGCCAGGCAAUUCCAAGAUUGGUUUUCUUGAUGCAAAAGUUUCAGCAAAUCUUCUCACAGCAACUCGAGCACAGGUCUUAAAGUCGCUCGAUGUGAACCGGCAGUCAGUGAAGCUUUUAGAAAGAGCAAUUGCGAAUCAAGUGGAUGGGCUUCAUAAUCCACCCGGAAAGAGAACUUACUCUGGCGAACUCGCUUCCCUGAACAUCCAUCUUUUCUUUUUUAGCCUUCUGCUAUGGAUACUUGCAAUGUCAGUGUUUUUCUUCUUCAGUGCUGACUCUCGAAGCAUGUCUUAUGGCCCUUUACCGACUUAAGGUGUAGGUUUCUAUGCUUAUUGUGCUAUGAUGGUGAAAACUGUAGGGUCGAUCCCAUUGCCGCUCUUCUGUAAAGAUGAUCCAAACACGUGUUUGAUAUGGAUGUGUCAUGGGAACAUUGGUACAGCUUUGAAUUGAACUGAUUAAUCAGUUCGGCAUGCUUUUCGCAAUUGAAUAAAGCCAUCGGUCAUAAACCUAUCUUGUGUGUACUGUGACCUGGCCCCAAGGGUAAUGAGAUGCAUAUCAUCGGUAAUUUGUUCUA